GCCUGGACUGCGAGGUGCUAACUCGAGAGGAAGCUUGAGUUAGCUCCUAGGUCUCCGCGGGGAAGAGGGCGCCCUCGCGAGUGGAAGCGACGUCUGGGAGGCCCCAAGACCACAGCGACCUCACAGCUGGCCCGAGGGGCUCAGCCUUGGGGGAAGAUGGCAGAUGAUCAGGACCAUGUUGGGGAGCAGGGAGCCGGGGAUUCUGCAAGUACAGACACCGUUGAUGCUAAGCCAGAUCGAUCCAUGUUUGGCUCAUCCAUUUUCCGUAAGAAGAAGAAAAAUGGUUCCACACAAUCAGUCAGGACCCCCCGGGACCGAGUGCCCACGUAUCAGUAUAACAUGAAUUUUGAGAAGGUGGGCAAAUGCAUCAUCAUCAACAACAAGAACUUCGACAAAGUGACAGGUAUGGGUGUCCGAAAUGGAACAGACAAAGAUGCGGAGGCCCUCUUCAAGUGCUUCCGGAGCCUGGGUUUUGAUGUGACUGUCUAUAAUGACUGCUCUUGUGCCAAGAUGCAAGAUCUGCUUAAACGAGCUUCUGAGGAGGACCACUCUGACUCAGCCUGCUUCGCCUGCAUCUUAUUAAGCCAUGGAGAAGAAAAUCUAAUUUACGGUAAAGAUGGCGUGACUCCCAUAAAGGAUCUGACGGCCCAUUUUAGGGGAGAUCGAUGCAAAACCCUUUUAGAGAAACCCAAGCUCUUCUUCAUUCAGGCUUGUCGAGGGACAGAGCUCGAUGACGGGAUCCAGGCUGACUCAGGGCCUAUCAAUGACACCGAUGCUAAUCCCAGAUAUAAGAUCCCAGUGGAGGCCGACUUCCUCUUCGCUUAUUCCACGGUCCCAGGAUAUUACUCCUGGAGGAACCCGGGCAAAGGCUCCUGGUUUGUGCAGGCCCUCUGCUCCAUCCUGGAUGAGCACGGCAAAGACCUGGAGAUCAUGCAGAUCCUCACCAGAGUGAACGACAGGGUAGCCAGGCACUUUGAGUCCCAGUCUGAGGACCCCCGCUUCAAUGAGAAAAAGCAGAUCCCCUGCGUGGUCUCUAUGCUCACCAAAGAACUCUACUUCUCCAAGUAACCAUUUCUUCUAGCUGAGAAGCUAUGGAUCAUUCAUUGAUGAGUCAGGUUAUUAUUGUUAUUAUUUUGAAGCUCUCGAAAUAUCCAGAAAUGUUAUGAGAUUUUAAUUUCAGGAAAAUGUAUUGAUUCAACAGGGAAGAAACUUUCUGGUGCUGUCUUAAUGUUCUCUGAAUUUUCAGAGAUUUUUUUUUUUUACUUCAGAGACUUGUUUUUCAUUUGAUGACUUUGUAAUUUUCUCUUAAGAUUAAUUUUCUGUUUGUAUUUCUCUUACCUUGUUAUUGCACUUAGUACAUGCAACAAAAAUGACCUCUUGGCUGUGUCCACUGUAAUUGAUGGUGAUAUUGGUGGAGAGUCAGGGUCAUGUUUGCACUUGACAAAGAGGAUUCCAGCUCUUGUCAGAUAAAAAGCAAAGGGGAUUCUCAUUGGCCUGUAUUACAGAAAGUGGGUAUUGUGUGGUUUGAGUGGAUUUUUAUUGGCUUAGGGCAGAUUCUCAUGCAAACAUUCCCAGGUAAGUGAAAAGAUGAAAGUUAUUAAUGAUUCUAAUAUGUAUCAGUUUGGAUCCGGUCCAGAAAACAGAAGCCAUUCUAGGUGUUUCAAUAGAGGGAAUUUAAUACAAGAAAUUGAUCUACAUCGAUGAUGGAAGAGAAACCAAAUAGCAAAAAGCUGUUUCUACACCUGGGACUGUGAGGACAAUGGGAGAUGUGUGGUUUCCAGAGUCCAGAAACCAGGAUCAGUCACAGAAACUGGAGCCAUGAUGGGAACUGUCUCCUGGGAGCUGGGGCUACAAGGGACUCUGGAAAAUGGAGUCAUGUCAAAGACAAAACCACCACCCAGGAAUGGAGACAAGGCCAGAACUGAGUCAGAUACCUAGAAAUACCCUGGCCUCAUCUCUCUGGUCCUCGUGUCUCCCACCAGCACCCUACCGUUCCAGCCUCACCUGGCAGCCAGCUGGUGGCAAACCUAGGAAGGAUGAUUUCCCAAGACACAGCAGAACAAGGGAUGGUGAGGUGGGGAGGAGAAACGAGUGUGAGCCUGGCCCAUAAUGUGAACAUAAGUAAUCCUGUUCCCCGAUGUUCAACAGUUCAUCCAUUCAAUCAUUUUUUCAUUGAGUCGUCAGAUAAUCUACAUAUGUGCAAAAUAAUCUGUCUCUGCUUUAUGUGCAAAAUAAUCUGUUUUAGUUUGAAAAUACACCUGGAACUUUUUAGAUUAUUCCAGACCUUAUUCUGAGUAAAUGUUUUUGUUAUCUCUAAUUCUAUAAGUGAGGAAGUUUCUAGCAAACAAUUUUAGCACUUUGUGUUCAAGGUGGUAUUAUCUUCUGAAUUCUUUAUACAUUACUUUAUUCUCUCUACCUAAUAACUGGUUAACAAAUGUUCAUAUUUAUUGAUUAAAAUGUGGUUUCUUAAU